AUGGUGGGCGAGAGCCAUGGAGGGGUGGAGGGUUCAUUUUCUAUGGUCGACCUGAUCAUAAUCAUCUCGAAAGGCCUGUACAAGAAGAGGAACAAGGCGCCACUUACAUCGCCAGCAACGCCAUUCUCGCACGUAUCACACAAACCUCGGCCGCUCGGGUCCUACACUGUCCGGUUCACCUUCUCCCCACUCUCCUCCGUCACCCUCAGCCCGUCGGCGGCGCUGUCCCCGGACUCGUUCUUCUCCCACGCUUCCCCUCCUCUGCCUCCGCCAGCGCCCGCUCCAUCCACCACCGCCGAGCUCGGCCGGCCGCUCUCCACCGCGAUCGUCCGAUCAUCCAGUAGAUCAUAA